AUGUAUUCGGAAGCAUUCGCAGGCUCUGCAGCUCUCUGCAUCCCCGAAGAUCAGAGGGUUUCAGUGGAUGUGAACAACUUAGGCGUAACGGUUGAGUCAAAGGACUCCGAGUUUGGAACUGCCAAUAUUCUUCAGAAUGUGUCAUUUGGACUACCUGCUAGCAAUAUCAUGGCUAUUAUGGGUGGAUCUGGUGCGGGAAAGACAACAUUGCUCAAUGUUUUAGCCCAAAGAUUGAACAUCAAGCAUACUACCAUGAAAUUUUCGGGAUCCAUUGACUACGAAGUAUCCAACACCAGCCAUUCAGGAAGGAUAACUACCGCAUACAUGCAACAACUGGAUGUAUUUUUGCCAGGCUUGACAUUGAGAGAGACAUUGGACUUCCAGGCUCAAUUGAGACUCUCAAGAUCUACAAGAUACGAGAGAGAACAGCUUGUGCUGUCGCUUUUGCUCCUUUUGGAACUCGAUCAUCGUUCCAACGAAGUGAUCAAAUCUUUCACUGGAAGAAUUAAUUUGUCUGGUGGUGAACAGAGGAGAACUUCGUUGGCAAUUCAACUUCUUUCGAAACCUCAACUCUUAUUCUUGGACGAGCCAACUACUGGGCUCGACACCAGUUCUGCCUUGAAGUUAGUGACUGUGCUAAGAAAAUUGGCCUCUCCGGAGAUCGGUAUUACAAUUAUUCUCCUGAUCCAUCAGCCGAGAAGUGAAAUUGCUGCACUUUUUGAUACAAUGUGUGUAUUAGCCCGUGGUGGCCGUUUAAUUUUCUUUGGCUCUUUGGAAGACUCAUCCUAUCACUUCAAAGAGCUCGAGAUGAAGGGUAUCGUGUCCCAUUCAGAUGCUGAUGAUUCCUAUCAGAUGUUGAACAAGAUUAUGUCCUUGUCUGUUAAGAACACAGCCUCCGCUGAAAAAGAGGAAGAAACCAGCAGAAUUGUAGACUCCAUGAUAAACGAAUGGAGCAGUUCCCAUGUCAUAGAAAACAAGUUGACUGCCGAGGAGCAAAAGUCACACUUUGCAACGAACUUGAAAGUGUUCAAGCCGAAAAAUCCUUUGCCAUUACAUCGUGAGAUAGCGGUAUUGACUAGAAGAACAUUCAUCCUUUCUUUGAGAGAUCGUGCCUCCUUAUUCGGUCUUAACGGUGGUAGUGCUUUAAUGGCUCUUAUUUUGGGUUGGAUGUUCUUCCAACCAACCCCGAAUUUAUCAGGAAUUCGUUCCCUUACUUCAAGUUUGUACACCAUGCUUGAGGUGAUCGGCUUCUCUCCCCUUGCUAUGGAGCUUGAGAGAUUAUGGUCUCACGAUGGUGUAUUUUUUUUCAAGGAAUAUCAGGAGCAAUGUGUUAGUAUCACUGGAUUCAUCAUAUCCAGAAGAUUGGCCAAGUUUGUCACUGAAGAAUUGCCCAUGAGUAUCCUCUUUUCGGUAAUCACGUAUUUUAUGUGGGGUUUAAGAUUGGGGGAGACUUACCUGGACACAGGCGACGGCUCCUACUUCGGCAUAUAUUUCGUUGUGACAAUGCUUACCGCUGUUCUUGCAACCACCACUGCAAUGAUGAGUUUUGCUUUGGGAAACGACUUUUCUACCUCAACUUUAAUCGGCAAUAUUUUCUACCAGAUCCAGAAUUCGGGGUGCGGAUACUUCGUCAAUGCAAAGACCAUGCCAGUGUAUGUUAAGUGGGUGAAAUACAUCGCUUAUUUCUGGUACGCGUUCGGUGCCUUGACCUCGAAUCAAUACUCAGAUUGGAAGGGUAAAUGCCCAUUCCCGGAGGGUGAUGCUCGUUGUAUUGAGUACACCGGAAAUUAUCAGCUAGAGAUUCUAGGUUUCCCUCAAAACUGGAUUGGUGCUCCAAUCGGCUACUUAUGCGUAUGGGUUUUAGGAUUUAACGUACUCAUUUGGGCAGCAUUGAGAUGCAGAAACUUUGACAUAUCAGUGGCUAAGAAGAAAAAGAACAAAAUUGGUGGCGAUGAAGAGCUCUCGCCAAGAACAAUUAUGUCGUCUUCUGGUUCUUUGAGUGAUGAGAAAGACUCCGGAAGCAAAGACCCUGUUAACAUCAAUGUUAGAAAUGUCACGCUAUCUGUGGAAGUGAAGGAGUCUCAAAGUCUUUUCGCUUCCAAAGUUUCUCGGACAUUGCUAGAUGAUAUUAGCGCUAACUUUAAAGCUGAUUCCGUCAACGUUAUCAUGGGCCCUUCAGGUGGAGGAAAGACAACUUUCUUGAACUUCUUAGCAUCAAGACUUCCAAGAACUUCAAAGUUUUCGAGAAACGGCCAUAUUUUCUUGAAUGGAGAUCAAGAAGUUUCUCCGAAACAGAUUUCCAAAAUUUCUGCCUACGUCACACAGCAAGAUAAUUUAUUGAUACCUUAUUUGACCGUCCGCGAAACGCUUUUCUUUCAGGCUCGUUUGAGACUACCAGAAAGAGAGCAUGCAGAUAUUCCAAGCUACAUCGCACACCUAAUGAGACAAACGGGUCUUACUGACUGUGCUGACACACCCGUUGGAUCUGCCACUGUUAAGGGAAUUUCAGGUGGAGAGAAGAGAAGGGUUUCAAUCGCGAUUCAGCUUUUGAGUCGUCCAAAGAUCUUGUUCUUAGAUGAACCUACUUCAGGAUUAGAUAUUGCUACUUCUGCUUCUAUUAUGCUGCUUUUAAGAGAUUUGUCCCGUACCGGCACUACUGUGAUUUCCACAAUUCAUCAACCUAAUCAGGAAACCUUUUCACAGUUCGACACCUUGACCUUGCUUGCUCGUGGUGGACUAGUCAUUUAUGACGGAGAUAUCUCCAAAAUUUCCAGCUAUCUAAAUGUUUUGGGUCACUCCUGUCCACCAAGAGUGAACAUGGCUGACUUUGUCCUCGAUUUGGUCUCCAUGCAAAUCGGAGAAACAAGUGAACAGUUCCAAUCUCGGGUUGACUAUCUUACCCAAUCGUGGGAAAGCAAGAAGAGUACUGAAGAGAGCGCUUUCAUUUCAGGAAAUCCAAUUGAUCUCACCAAAUACGGUGGUGCAGCUGUCAGUAGUUGGACUGCCUUUCGUGCUGUAUUUGGAAGACAAUUCACAGUAUCAUACAGAGCUACAGAUGUCAUGGUGACGAGGACUCUUCAAGCCAUUUUCCUAGCCAUUGUAUAUGCGCUCUUUUAUGCCCCAAUCAAAAACUCACAAGAUGGUAUCAGUAACCGUCUUGGUCUCGUGCAGAACGUUAUCAACUUGUACUUCUGCGGUUUGAUCAAUAAUAUUGGUCUCUAUCCCCACGAGAGAGAUAUUUUCCAUCAAGAAUAUAAGGAUGGAACUUAUGGUGUUGGAGUCUUCACUCUGGCUUACACUUUGGUUGAAUUGCCGUACGAAAUUUUUCCCUCCAUCUUUUUCUCCGCAUUGGUCGUUUUCGGGAUUGGUUUGCCUCGCACUCCAGGAAUGUUCUUUGCUAUGUUAUUCAGUGCAGUCGUUUCGUUCAAUACUGGCGAAUCUCUUGGUAUUAUCUUCAACAGUUUCAUAUCACACUUGGGUUUGAUCACAAAUGUUUUAGUUAACAUGUUCGUGAUAGCUAUUUUCAUGGCCGGAACUAUGUCAUUGCAGAUGCCUAUGUUUUUCAAGGCUUGGAACUAUAUCAACCCAGUGAAGUAUAUUGUUCAGAUCUGUGUUAAUAUGGGCUUUAGAGAUCAGGAUUUUGCAUGUCCUCUGGGAACUUGUGUGUUUUCAACAGGAGACGAUGUACUCGAGAUGUACAAUUUGAAGGCAAACUUGAACUCGGCUUUUGGUGCACUUACAGCAUGUCUUGUGAUUUACAGAGCCGUGGGAAUUGGCUUUGCCUACAUGAAAGCAAGAUGGUUUGUCUGA